UAGAGGAAAUAAUAGUAAAAGCAGUGCCCUAGACCGGAAAUGUGACUACGUAAUCUUUACGGCAAGUUUAGUGCGUGCAAAAGUACCAGCAGCCGUAAGUUGUUUGCAAAGAAGUGUUUGAUGGUGGCUCGGCUAAAGCAGACAUUUGACUUGCCGUGUUACCUAUGGCGAGUCAAACCUGGCAGCUGGAGUCAUCCCUGCGCCGCUCCGCCAGACUCGGUCUGGAAGUACUUGAGCGAGCCUCGAGACGGAGCGUGGACUGGUCUAGUAUUAGUCCGUCUCGCAGUACAACACCAACCGAGGGUAACGCCGGGGUGGAAGAACAGGGAGAUUCAUCCCACACAAACCUGGAUGAUGCUUUUGAGACCAUUGCUGAAUUCAUGGCACAGACAACAUGUCACUGCAAGAACUUUUACAUGUCGGAGACUGAGCCUGGGAUAAAUGAGAGAGACCAUGUGUGCAGAUACCAUUCUAGAUCUCCCCAACACACAGGGACGUCACUGCAGCAGACCAGGAAACAUGCACGGUCAUUACAUGAGGAUUUCCACAUUGAAGUUUCUCCAGGUACUUAUAUGAUCACUGCAGGAACGGAAGACUCUCAGCAACAGACCAGACUAGUACGCAUUCAAGCAGGAGAGAGCAUGAAUCUCACUUUUCACCUCUAACCUCACUCCUGACCAAUUGUCUUUUACCUUCCUGCUACCAAUAACACAACAAUCCAUUGUGGCAUUGGUGUAAUUUGUUGCUUUAGACCGACAGCGAGUGUUGUGAAUUUCUAUUGAAUGAGUGAAGCCAUAUUUUCUUGACAGUGUGAUUACAUUUGUAUUCUGUAUUCAAUAGUAUAUCAAAAUGUGUCCAAAGACUCCAAACUUAUCAUGUAAUGCACUAAUUACGUAUUUAUUGCCAUAUCAGUAUAAUAAAGUCUAUAUUUUUUAUUA